GGCCAUUAAAUGCUUGUUAACAGCAGUUUUGACUUUCAUAUUUGUAAAUAAAUUUUUUUUCUUUGGAGAGUUUUAAUUUUUGAAUAUCCAAUGAUAUCUGAGCAGAUGCCUCCUUUCUUCCUUUGAUUCAUUACUUCCAAGAGAACCCAGACAGGAAUUAGAUGUUGUGGUUGGAGUAGAGGAAUAGAAGUAGAAUAGACAACCCAAGGUAGGACGUUGGAAAAAAGAUAGGGACAAGUUUCCAGGUUGACCACAAUGACUUUUAGUAAUUUUUAUUGGGUUCAGGGAAGAGACCUUAUGUUUUUCAAACACAGAAGGCUGAAGACUUUUUGUUAAGUCCACAUUGCCUUCUUCAAUAUACUGCUAUGCCAAUACAGUUUUUUUGUAGGGUAAUAGUAAUUUUGAGUUAUUGAUUAGAUUGGCAUAAAGUGUUGGUCUAUUAUUCUCUAGAAAAUUAGACUGCCAUUAACUUUUCCACUCCUUAUUCUUAACAAAAUUAUAUUUCUCUUUCAGAGGUGAAAAGCUGAAAGUGGACAGAGGAUCUUGGGAAGUAAACAAAUUCAAACAGAGAAGUCCUGAACACCCUUGAUCCCCCUGAGGAAUAUGGAUGUGGCUAAUUUACCAAAAAAUGUCCUCAAGGUAAAACUCACCUGCCCUGUGUACAUGAAGCACUUCAACCAAGAAGGGACUUUGUCCUGUGGUCAAAGCUUUUGUCAGAAAUGCCUGAUGUGGAGCUUGGUAGAAGAUGACCAACUCUGCCCCUGUCCUGAGUGCAGAAGAAUCUUGGAGAUCAAUUCCUUAGAACACUGCCUCUCAGAAGAGACCCCAGAUGAUGAUGAUUAUAUAUGUCAGAACUUUCAGGAACUGACUGAUGCACAUGGUCUGGGUGAGCUUAUCAAUGACUGUGUCCCAGGUGAAGAUGAAGGUGAGAGUAUCUCUGAGGACAUGGCUGCAUUGAAAGACCACCAUCAUGUCUGUGACUGUGUCCCAGGUGAAGAUGAAGGUGAGCAUAUCUAUGAGAAUGUGGCUUCAUUGAUAGAUCAACAGCGGAUCUGUGACUGUGUCCCAGGUGAAGAUGAAGGUGAGAGUAUCUCUGAGGACAUGGCUGCAUUGAAAGACCACCAUCAUGUCUGUGACUGUGUCCCAGGUGAAGAUGAAGGUGAGCAUAUCUAUGAGAAUGUGGCUUCAUUGAUAGAUCAACAGCGGAUCUGUGACUGUGUCCCAGGUGAAGAUGAAGGUGAGAGUAUCUCUGAGGACAUGGCUGCAUUGAAAGACCACCAUCAUGUCUGUGACUGUGUCCCAGGUGAAGAUGAAGGUGAGCAUAUCUAUGAGAAUGUGGCUUCAUUGAUAGAUCAACAGCCUUUGAAAAAGGGUAUGUCAGAAGAUGAGAAAAGAAAUUGCUGCUUACUAGAGAUUCAUUUAACAGAAGGCAAAUACUAUGAGACUCUUAAAGACAUAGAAAAGAAUUGCAUGAAUCCUCUGAAGCUGUUGCUGAGCCCUCUGGAAAGGACAGCUAUCUUUAUUAACCUGAAGGAGCUAAUUAAAGUGCAGGAGAGCUUUCUAAGGGCCAUUGAUGCAUCAGUGAUGGCUGGAGGGAGCAGCCUGGCUAAAGUCUUUCUAGAAUUCAAAGAACAGCUACUGGUCUACGUGGAAUACUGCAGCAACAUGGAGUCUGCCCAAAAGACUCUGAGUCAUCUUCUUGCCAAUCGUGAAGAUUUGAGGCAAAAAGUCAAGGAAUGCAGCUUGAAGGUCCACCAUGGGCAUUUUACCUUGCAAGAUCUGCUAGUUGUGCCAAUGCAACGGAUUCUAAAAUAUCACCUCCUUCUGAAGGAACUCCUCAAACACUCUGCAGACCCUGAGGAGAGACAGCAGCUCCAGCAUGCCCUAGAGGCCAUGCAGGACCUGGCAAUGCACAUAAAUGAAGUCAAAAGGGACAAAGAAAUCUUAAAGAAAAUCAGUGAAUUUCAGAGUUCCAUAGAAAACCUGCAAGUGAAACUGGUAGAAUUUGGGAAGCCAAAGAUUCACGGGGAAUUAAAAGUCAGAUGCAUCUCUGGAAACCAUAACAAACAGGAUAGGUGUUUAUUUUUGUUUGAUAAAGUGGUGCUUGUCUGUAAGAGAAAAGGCACCAAGUACAAGCUACAAGAGAUGCUUGAUCUGCUCUUUCACAAGAUGACAGAUGAUCCAGUGAAUAAUAAGGACCCUAGGAAAUGGUCUUAUGGAUUCUCCUUAAUUCACCUGCAAGGAAAGCAGGGUUUCCAGAUUUUCUGCAAGACCGAAGACAUGAAAAGAAAGUGGAUGGAGCAGUUUGAAAGGGCAAUGUCCAACCUUAAACCAGAGAAGGCCAAUGCAAACCAUCACAACUUCCAGAUGAACACAUUUGACAAGACAACCAACUGUGAAGCAUGCAAGAUGUUCUUAAAGGGGACUUUCUAUCAAGGCUACCUUUGCACUAAAUGUGGGGUGGGAGCACAUAAGGACUGCUUAGAAGCAUUUCCAUCCUGUAACAUUAGAUCUCCUGAAUACCUGGACACACUAAGUAUGAGAGUGCUUCCUAAGUUGGGGACAGUGCAGAGUUACCAUGACAUUCCAUCUCCACCUGGCAAGUCAGGGUUAACAUGCCAAGGAGGUGAUGUGUUUGAACUUCUGAGAGGUCCCCCUGACUCUCAGUGGGAAGAAGGAAGGUUAAUGCAAACCCAGGAAUCUGGUUCUUUUCCUAGUUCAUCUGUGAAGCCCUGGUCUGUGAGAGCCCCUCCAAACAGUAGGGUCCUAUCUAGAGAAACAGACUAUUCAAGAAACCCUUGCUUUGCCAGUAAGAUGGAGCGAGAAGAGAAAAUGAAAAAGUCCUUGUCUUAUUUGAAAACUGACCCCACAUUUAUCAGGGUCGUAAGGGGCUGGUCCCCAGCAUCUGGCGCUCCAACGUGGGGCCCGAGCGACCACCGGACGACUGAGGAAAAAUUCGGCGCCGAAAUCGAGACUACAGUAACGGUCUUCAAGUGCUACCCUGGAGGUAGUCAAAAAGAUCUAGCUAAAGCAUCAAGGGACACAAGGAAAUUUGGCAAAUGUCAGUGUGCCAAGAGUGUCAAACUACCAUCUAUAAUGGCUUCCCUUCAGAGCAUGGAAGAGCAUAUGCAGGACGCUGUAGCCAACAAUCUAGGAUUAUCAGCUGUUAUGAGUGAAGGAGAUGAGUUGCAAACAGGUAACAGAAAGGAAAGUUUGCAAAAGAGUGUGCUGGACCUGCUGCAUGCUCUGAAACUGCAGAGGCUGUGUUCUGGAGGGUGGGGAAAUGAUAAAGUAGAUACAGAGAGCCUGAAGCUUAUACUUCCUCCUACUUUCAAUCUGUGCAAGCCUAAGAGGGGUUUGGGUUACUAUCCCUUGAAGCUGAAGUUAUCAGCUCUGGAGUACCUGUUUGGAUAA